AAGCCUCACACACUCUGAAUCACUGAGCAGGAGAGAAGCUGAACUAUGGAGCGGUUUCCUCCCCGGAGCUGAGAGCGGAUUAAACACCGCACAGAGGCCCGGCUCGGUGUUUAACCCCGGACACACAGGUGUUUGUGUGUGCUGUGUGUGUGUUUGGAGGUGUUAGUGUGCAGUGAUCAUGCCGGUGAGGAGCAGGACGAUGAUGGACUCGGUGAAAAUAAAAGCGCACUUCGGAGGAGACAUGUUGAUCUCGUACCUGGAUUCGGGCGUGUCCUUCUCAGAGCUGUGUGAGGAAGUGAGGGAGAUGUGCAGUGUCCAGAGGAACUUACCCAUCACACUCAAGUGGAUUGAUGAUGAAGGUGAUCCGUGUACCAUCUCGUCUCAGAUGGAGCUGGAUGAGGCGUUUCGGAUCUACAGCAGGAGCAGACCUUCUGGACUCCUUCUGCACGUGUUUCCCAGUAUUCCGGAGAAGCCGGGCAUGCCGUGUCCUGGCGAGGACAAAUCGAUUUACCGCCGUGGAGCUCGACGAUGGAGGAAACUGUACCGAGUCAACGGCCAUCUGUUCCAGGCCAAGCGCUUUAACAGGAAAGCCUACUGUGGACAUUGCAGUGAAAGGAUAUGGGGUCUGGGGAGUCAAGGCUACAAGUGUAUAAACUGCCGCCUGCUGGUUCAUAAACGCUGUUAUAAACUCGUCCCUCUGACCUGUCAUAGGCAUAUGGAUCCAGUCAUGCCAUCCCAGGAGCCGCUGGUUGAUGAGAGAGGUGGAGAAGAGGAAGUGGAGCUUCCCCCAGAGGACACGGAGGACACGGAGGACACGGACAGAAUAGCGUUCCUGCCCCACAGUCGGACAGUGGACAAAGCUGAAGAUGACCCGGAGGGUGUGGUGGACGGGAUGGAGAAGCUGCAGCUAACAGAGACACUCACUCUGUCUGAUUUUGAUCUGAUGCGUGUGAUUGGACGAGGGAGUUACGCCAAAGUGCUGCUGGUGCGUCUGAAGAAGAACGAACAUGUUUACGCCAUGAAGGUGGUGAAGAAGGAGCUGGUGCACGAUGACGAGGAUAUCGAUUGGGUUCAGACGGAGAAGCAUGUUUUUGAACAGGCCUCCACUAACCCUUUCCUUGUGGGUUUACAUUCCUGCUUUCAAACUGAGAGCCGGUUGUUCUUGGUUAUCGAGUAUGUGAAUGGAGGAGACCUGAUGUUCCAUAUGCAACGACAACGGAAACUUCCAGAGGAACACGCCAGGUUCUACGCUGCUGAAAUCUGUAUCGCUCUAAACUUCCUGCAUGAGAAGGGCAUCAUUUACCGAGACCUGAAACUGGACAACGUUCUUCUGGACCAGGACGGUCACAUCAAACUCACUGACUACGGCAUGUGCAAGGAGGGGAUCAGACCCGGGGACACCACCAGCACUUUUUGUGGGACGCCGAACUACAUUGCACCUGAAAUCCUGCGAGGAGAAGAUUACGGGUUCAGUGUGGACUGGUGGGCUCUUGGGGUGUUGAUGUUUGAGAUGAUGGCUGGUAGAUCUCCAUUUGAUAUUAUGACUGACAAUCCAGAUAUGAACACAGAAGAGUAUCUCUUCCAGGUGAUUUUGGAGAAACCGAUCCGUAUUCCUCGCUCGCUGUCAGUUAAAGCAGCGAGUGUGUUAAAAGGCUUUCUGAACAAGGAUCCAAAGGAGCGACUGGGGUGCCAGGUUCAGACGGGCUUCACGGAUAUUAAAUCUCACACAUUCUUCAGGAGCAUCGACUGGGACCAGUUGGAGCAGAAGCAGGUAACGCCUCCAUUUAAGCCUCAGAUCACUGAUGAUUACGGAUUAGAGAACUUCGACACACAGUUCACCAACGAACCUGUACAGCUCACACCAGACGAUGAGGAUGUGAUAAAGAGAAUAGACCAGUCGGAGUUCGAGGGCUUCGAGUACAUCAACCCCCUGCUGCUCUCCACCGAGGAAGCAGUAUGAGGGAGGAAGACGACGGAACGGUUCUGUCGGCUCGCCCGCGGCUCUGAGCGAGCUACAGAGGGUUUUUUUAGUUCUGUGUGACUUCAGCAAGCGAGAGAGAAAAAACUCCCUACAGCACUGCAUCUUCUACGAAUUCUCAUCUCUCAGACUCGUCUUCUCAUCUCACACUCUCUCAGACUCCUCUGAAAUUGUUCUGGAGGCAAAAAACACAACAAAUGAAAACAGAACUGGAGAAUUUUUACAUUUAACAAAACUGAAUUCCCUCAAAAAUCAUCCAAAUUGUCUUCCUCCUUCCCAUCAUCCUCUCUGAUUUUGUUGGUUUUUGUGCCUGUCCUCGUCGUUACCCAGAAUCCCCUGCUACAGCUCAUGGUUCUAUUUGAGAACUUGAUUUAACGUGCACUUCUUCUUCUUCUUCUUCUUCUUCUUGUAUUUGUUGUUUUUAACUGAAUCUCAGAUGUAGGCAUGUGCCGAUGUUCAGGUUUAUAUGAGGCAGCAUAAAGACGAGGCGUCUCUUACAGGUCCGUCAGAAUCCCAUAAUUCACUUCACCAGACGAGAGAAUGUGCGAAAAUCACGGAUAAUUUUAUCAUGACGUAGUCAUUUAUCUGAAACAGGAUUUCGUAAACCGUGGCGAAAUGGUCACGUUAUAGAGCUGUAAUAUCGGCACAUGCUCACUCCGAACACGAAUGUUAAAUUAAACACGAUGUUUAAUUAAAAAGAAAAAUUUAAUUGUAAUUUACGCUGAUGUAUUUACUUCACUUACAAUGACUUUUUUAAAACCACGAUUUCUUUAAAUUUACUCACAAAUCAGCAGACAAACCAUUAACAAAAAAAAAAAAGAAACAAAAAGUGCCUCAAAGAUCAAA